AUCUGUUAAAGAUAUUUGUCUAAAUGGCUGCGUAAGUCUUGAAAAAUUACCUGACUUGAGUGCUCCAAACUUAAAGAUUUUGCACAUGAAAAAUUGUGAAAAUUUAAUUGAGGUUCAUGAGGCCAUUGGAUCUCUUGAUAAGCUUAGGGAGUGGUGUCUCAGGGAUUGCAAAAAACUUCAAAUUCUUCCUAGCAACUUUAGGUUGAAAUCUCUUGAAGAUAUUGAUCUAGAUGGCUGCGUAAGUCUUGAAAAAUUACCUGACUUGGGUGCCCCAAACUUAAAGAGAUUGAGCAUAGAUAAUUGUGAAAAUUUAAUUGAGGUUCAUGAGGCCUUUGGAUCUCUUGAUAACCUUAGUGUGUGGUGUCUCACGGAUUGCAAAAAACUCCAAAUUCUUCCCAGCACCCUUAGGUUGAAAUGUUUAGAAUUUAUUAGACUAAGCGACUGCGCAGAUAUGAUAUAAAGCUAUAUUGCUACAGUACAUAUCUAUAUAUCAGACUGCAUGUCGUUGGAUCUACCAUCAUCAUUCAGACUAUUUAAUCAGGUUUGAAGUGUCUGCAGGAAUUAAAAGCCUCUGAGAUAUGACCAUGGAAAUGUUAUUUUGUGGAUCCCCUACUUUAGUGAUCAAUGUUUUGGUGAAUAUUUUUGGAUGGGAGGAUGGUACCAGGUCGAUGGGUUAAAUUUCAACCUUUUCAUAGUAGUUCAGUGAUUCAGCUUUGAGAGCUAAGAUGAAAGGAAUGUGGAGCACUCAUCAAAGGACUAGAUCCUAUGUCAAGGUCAUAAAGAGGGAUGCGGCAAACACAUUGGAAGUAGACACUGCAUUUAAACCACUUGAUGAACUUUUCAGUAGUUUUCUUGGAAGUAUAGCACAUGACAUGAUCAUAAAUUGGAGGAGUUCCAGAAAUAUUAUGUGGAGUGAUUUAAAGGGUAUUUGGAGCAAAGAUGUUUGGAUCCCUUGUAGUAUGAGCUUCAUAGGUUUCACCUUGGUUCAAUUGUGGUUUUUGAAGAGCUUUUCUACUCAUAACAGAUUUCCAGUAAUCGCAUUUUUUGCGCCUAUCUCAAUGGUGUGUAAAGUGUUGCUCAAGAUGGAGGAUUGGCAUGCCUUUCCGUUAAAGGUUUUAACUACUGUUUUUGAUUACACAAGAGCAACCCUUAAAUAAUUGAUGACAUAUUUGCAUCACUUGCAUUGAAGAUUCAUGAUGGUGAAAAUGGCCAUUAUGUGUGGGAUGUUUUUUCGGUAUUAGUUAUUGGUAUGUAAGACUUGGUAUUAGUAGCAAAAGAUAUAUUUCUUACUAUAUUUGGCCAUAAAUAUUGUAUAUUGGAAGCUUUAAGGAGGCUGAAAAUUCAUUAUAGAUGAAUCAUUAUGAUCUUGUUAAUAAGUUGAACAAAAUGGUCAAACUUCACCCUUUCGUUUUUCUUUAUAAAGAUGGUUGUGGUUAAACAAAAAUAUCUUCCCGCUGGACUCUAUUGCAUUACUUCCUGUUGGACUAUGAGUUGAAAAAAAUGGUCAAACUUCACCCUUUCAUUUCCACCUUGCAAUUUGAUUUUCAUUUCUUAUAAUAUUUGUCUCUUAUUUAUUGAGAAAUUUUCUGCUUCUUGUGCAUAAUUUCUUCUUAUGACAUUUUCAAUUUUACCAAAUCACAAGUAUGCUUACUGAUUGUUUGAAAUUGAAAUUUAAGUAAAGCACACAAGCUGUUCGAUGAAAUGCUUUGUGAAGAUAUUGAACCUAUUUGCUUAGGUGUUUCUGACCUAUGCAAUUCAUCAAGCCAAUUGUUCAUGUUUUAUUGUUAAUUUCUAAAAAAUAAUUUUGUUUCUUUACCUUUAUUGAUUCGCUGAAUAAUAUUACUUAGGUUUUUCCAUUAUUUUAUUGAGAGGUAAGUGACAACAGAAUGAGAAUGCAUCAAACAUAUUACCAAGAGAAAUAAAAAUCAACUUUGCACUAAACUAUAGACUCAGAAUUCUUGAGUACCUUCCUUUCUCAAAGAGGCUAUGGUAGCAAGUUAAGUCAUAGUGUCUAAUAUAAUCCGAGGCAUAUAGCUGGUACCAAGUAGUCCUUUGGGGGUAAAAAUAAUUUGAAGGCCAAUAGUUUGAAAAGCACCAUAAGAAAAAUUGCUAGGUCUGCAGUGGUUUAUUAUGCUUGUAUACUUAUUUUCUACAUUGCCAAAAUAAGAACAAACUUCAAAGAAAGUGUGAAUUCAAAACUGAAUUCCAUUGCAGAAUGUUCUAACCAAAGUUACUCUUUUUUUAUUGAUUGAAUUGCUCGUAUGGUUACUGCAUUUUUCCAUUUUCUGCCUUUUUUUCCCCUUAAUGUGGUUUAACUAUCAAGAACUUUUAGAUUUGGAUGGAAAACGUAAGAAUAUGCAAUGUUUGAGACGUUUCUAUGCGGUAUGAAAUCCUAUCCUUUUUUAUUUUCCAUAAUUGGGAUUCAAUUUGUAUAUUUUCUUCCUGCUUAUUGUUAAGAUAUUAAAUUUACUGUAAAACAGAUUUGAGUGUUUAAAGUUCAACUCUCAGAGUUGAAAAUGCUUUAGAUCUAUCCAGCCAAGCUGAAUCAUGUAAUGGUUAGUGUGGUAAAAUGUUGAAAGGUCCUUCUAGUCUAAAUGUUUAUCUUUGUUGUUUCUUUCUACU